AUGUGCAUUCUGGCGUUUGUGACGCAGCUGUCGCAGCGUUUUCCGCUUGUGCUGGUGAGCAACCGCGAUGAGGUGCGCAGUCGCAUGACGCGCCCGCUGGGGGUGAGCGCCUCAACGGGGCUCCUGUGGGCCGCGGACGGCGUGGCGGGCGGCUCCUGGCUGGGGCUGAACGUGCACGAUGGGCGCUUUGCCACCCUGACGAACUGCAACCGCAGCCCAACGGCGCCGCUGCGCCUCGGCGACGACGCCGCCAUCCCCGCCAGCUGGCGGGGGGCGAUGCCGCUUGACGAGGUGGUGCGGCGGAUGCGGGUGCGCUCCACGGCUGCCGAGGACGGCGGAACAAAUGUGUCGCUGGAGUUCAUCCCCCACAUCUCGCGGGGCCACAUCGUCCGCGACUUCCUGCGGGAGGGGAAGACGCCGGGGGAUUUUCUGCCGCCGCAGUCGUCGCCGUCGCACUCCUUUUCCUCGGCGGAGAUGGAGCUCAUGCGGCUGCGGCCCUCGCUUGCCCCGCCCUACUUUGAAGGCUACAAUCUGCUCACCGCGGAGAGCCUGUUUGACUCGCGGCAACUGCGCUUGCUGUACACGACGAACCGGUACGCUGCGGAGCACAAAUCCCCCGCCCAACACGGCGUCGUCCAUUGCCUGGCGAAUAGUUACCUUGACAACUGGAAGGAGCCCAAGUCCGCGUUACUGCGAGAACGGUUUGAGGAGGCGGUGAGCAAAUUCAUCCCCAUAGAUGCAGCGCCGUACGACGCGGAGUACGUGGCGGACUCCCUCGUGUCUCAUUGCCUCUGCCUUCAGCCUGAGUUUGACCUACAGAAGGAAAUUAUGGCGGGGAGUCGCUCUCCCGAGGUGCUUCGGGAGUAUGAAGACGUACUACAAGCCUCCCUACCAUACAACGGCUACAAGGGCGAGGAGGAGCUCAAAAAGCUCUACGGCGAAGGGCUGUGCCCCCCAGUGCACUUCCCGACGAAGUUCUACCGGGAUAUUGCUAAUUAUCAUGAACGAAAUAUAUUUUGCUCGCAUUCCAUGUACGGCACACGGACACAGACGGCUGUGGUGGUGGAAAAGCUGCGGGAUGGGGACGGGACGAUUGUCCAUUUCUCGCAGCGCGAGUGUGACGUCGCCGGGGCGCACAAACCCUGGCGUCACUUCGCUGUCCCCUCACCAUCGAUGUGUUGA